AUGAGCGAGGCCAAGAACAAUGGCGAGCCGAAUCGGCACGAGGAAGCCCACGGAUUGUUGGCCAGCAGCGACUUUGAUGACCAUGAGGACGAUAUCGUCGUCUACGCGGGCAAUGAAGACGGCAAGCAAGAGCAAGGCAGCCACAGCGACACAUCGCCGUCGCCGCCUAAAGCAAAAACACCACGGACGCCGAACCGAGUGCAGUUUGAUUUGAACCCUGCUGUUAUCGGAGAAGCAAAUGGAUCCGCUCACGUCGGGAGGAGGUCGUCCUCCGACGAGAGCUUCGAAUUUGACGACGAUGUGGAAAUCCAGGGCCACCACUCGCAUCGGGUGCCCUUGCUGACCGACAUGGAGGCACCUAGCGUCGCCGUUGCGAAUACACUUGGAAAUGAUGCAGACGACGAUGGCGAACGAUUAGAACAAGCGAUGCGACGGCCCAAAUCGGGACUUAAAUCGGCCUUUAUGAACAUGGCCAACUCUAUUAUUGGAGCUGGCAUCAUUGGACAGCCAUAUGCUCUUCGACAGGCAGGUCUCCUGUCCGGCAUACUCUUACUCGUUGGGCUGACAGUGGUGGUGGACUGGACCAUUUGCCUCAUUGUGAUUAACAGCAAGCUGAGUGGGACGAGCAGUUUCCAGGGCACCGUAGAGUAUUGCUUCGGACGCCCCGGUCUCGUGGCCAUCAGCCUGGCCCAGUGGGUGUUUGCCUUUGGCGGCAUGGUAGCGUUUGGCGUCAUUGUGGGAGACACGAUCCCCCAUGUGCUGGUUGCCAUUUGGCCGAAUCUGGGCACGGUGCCAAUCCUCGGACUCUUGACGGACAGGAGAGUUGCAAUAGCAGUGUUUGUAAUGGGCGUGAGCUAUCCAUUGACCUUGUACCGCGAUAUUGCGAAACUGGCCAAGGCGAGCACCUUUGCCUUGAUUGGCAUGUUGGUCAUUGUGGCGACGGUGGUGAUCCAGGGAUUCUUUGUGCCGUCCGAGGCCAGGGGUUCGUUUAGUGCGCCGCUUUUGACUGUAAAUGGGGGUAUUUUCCAGGCCAUUGGUGUGAUUUCGUUUGGCAUAUCCAUGAUGGCUUGUCUAUUCAUGGCUCUGGCAGGAUUUCUCACAUUCGGAGACAAGACGCUCGGCAACGUCCUGAACAACUUCCCCUCGGACAACAGCAUGGUCAAUGUUGCCCGUCUCUGCUUUGGCCUCAACAUGUUGACCACCUUGCCCCUGGAGGCCUUUGUGUGUAGAGAGGUGAUGCUCACAUAUUGGUAUCCCGAUGAAGACUUCAACCUCCGGCGGCACAUCAUCUUCAGCACGGGACUGGUAGCAUCUGCCACGGGCAUCAGCUUGCUAACAUGCGACUUGGGCGUGGUGUUUGAGCUGGUCGGGGCAACGAGUGCUGUUGCCAUGGCGUACAUACUGCCGCCCAUGUGCUACAUCAAGCUCACGACGAAGAGUUGGCGAACGUACAUGGCGUGCGCGGUAGUGGUGUUUGGCGUCGCUGUCAUGGUGAUUAGUGUGGUUCAGGCAGUUGACAAGAUGGUUCACGGGUCCGACGAAGUGACCCAGUGUGUAUGA